CUGGUUGGUUAUCAUUUUCCCAAUUCCCAUUCAACUCCACUGAAUCAAAAUCAAAAUCCAUUCACAAGCAAUCGUCACAAUGAAGUUGAGACUCAGAUCUCUGGAAUCCAAAGAAACCCACAAAAUCGAAGUUCCCGAUCCCUGUUCCUUGCACCUACUCAAAACCAUCGUUUCUCUUUCAAUCUCUGGUUCCUCCGAUUCUUCUCUGCAUCUCUCCCUCAACCGGAAGGACGAAAUCCACGCCUCCUCGCCGGACGACUCCCUCCAAUCCAUCGGCAUCGCCGCCGGCGACCUCGUCUUCUACACUCUCCACCCUAAUUCCCUAUCCCGCGAAACCCUCCCUCACAAGCCCACCCCACAACCAGAAGUAUCAGAUUCCCCGGACCGACCCAUGAUCCAAAGCUCAUCGGAAAUCAACGCUAGGGAUGCAAAGUCUCCGUCUUUGGAUGUUACAGAACCGGAAACCAUGGAAAUCGAUGAUGGGUCUGAUGAGGCGGUGGUGGGGUAUGGGUGGGGUAAUUACCAGCCUUUGUUUGUGAAAAGUGUGCUCAGAGAAGCGGCUAUCGGCGACGACGCUAGCGAUUUCAAGCUGUUGAUUCUUGCGGUCCAUGCUGUUAUUCUUGAAUCUGGGUUUAUUCGUGUGGAUCAGGUUUCUGGCAUGGCGGUUAAUUGCUCUCAUCUUCUUGAUGACUUUCCUUCAGGGUCAAGUCCGGUGAAAUCCUUAAGGUACACUCUGCCUGAGAUUUUGACUAAGGGUUCUUCUGAAUCUGUGAGUUUGAAAAUUCAGACACUAGGGCACAUAGUGAAUGUUUGUGGGUCAUUGUCUAAUGAUAAUGGUUCAAGGUUGCAUAUGGUUUAUCUUGAUAGAAAUAAAUUUGCCCCACCUUUGGACUUUUUGCUUGCAAAUUCUGAGUCUAAGGUUGGAGAUGAUGAAUCUGGAAAUAGAGAAAAAGUUUUUGAGUUGUGGAAGAUGGUGAAAGAUGGACUUGCAUCGCCACUCUUGAUUGAUCUUUGUGAGAAGUCUGGAUUAGAUCUGCCACCUUGCUUUAUGCGGCUACCGACUGAUCUGAAGCUUAUAAUCAUGGAAAAUCUUCCUGGUGUUGAUUUGGCUAAAGUAGCUUGCUUGAAUUCAGAAAUGCGGUAUUUGGCCUCCAACAAUGAGCUAUGGAAGAAGAAGUUUAAGGAGGAGUUUGGUAUAGGAGAGAGUGGAGGACAGUUUUUUAAGCAUUUGUUUGCUCAGUACUGGACAGCAAAGAAGAAUUCAGAGCAACCACGUCGUCGAGCAUUUCAGCCUGGUACAGGAUUCUUCCCAAUGAGAAGAAACCUCUAUCCGAGAAGAAACCCCAAUCCUUUUGGAGUACCUCCAAUUUGGGGUGGAGAAUAUGAUCUGCAGCCAAACAUUGGUGGACAACUUCGUGCGAACCCACGAAGGGGGACUUUCCUUCCCCCAUGUCACCUGGGAGGAUUUGAUGCGUAAUCUGUUGAUUUGAACUCUCUUCAUCAAGGAUGUGUAGUGCUGGGACUAAAUCCUUGGUAAAUAUGUCUCCUAUUUUCAUCUUCUUUUUGAGAAAGACCUUGAUAGAGUUAAUACAAUAAUAUUUGAUACUGGCUGAGUGGCUGUGAAGAAUGUAGUGAGCAUCUGUAUAGCUCUUUUUGUGGUUAGUAUUCAGAACUCUCAGUUUUAUUCGUCUAGUUUAUUAUACAUUUUGGAUGGGAUCUAUAAUGUCAAACUCAAAUAUGAUAUUAGGAGAACAUUGUUGUUUUUCAA